AUGCCAGCGGCCAUGUCUGCCUCCUCAGCGAUCUCCGCUGAACAGGCCUGCAUUGCUGUAACAGAGCCGUCAACUGAACAAACUCCAGAGAAUCCAGAUAUCGUACUAGCAUCAGGCGUUCAAGCCCAAGACACGAAGAAAGAAACGCCGGGAACUGUUAAAUGGGUUUGUCGCACACGCCUCGUGUCAAACGUUGACAACCUGUCGCCAGAAUGCAAGGAGUUGUAUAACCACUAUAAGAAAGCUAAACACCAAGUAAACUACUUAAAACGAGCCAAGAUGGCUUCGAAGCUAUCAAAGGAGGCGUCGUUUCAACAAUUAGUGUCAGAAAUGAAUUCAGUGGCAAAGAAGUUUCUCUGGAUGCAAAUUAAACUAUGCACUAAGAAAAAACAAGGAAGGAGAUUUAGCCUGGAGGAGAAAGUGAUUGCUCUGUCGAUAAUGAAACAAAGCCCAAAGUGUUACAGAUUUCUUCAGAGAAUAUUCAUUUUACCAAGCAAGACAACACUAAAUAAUUUGCUGACAAAUGUGAACAUCGAAGCUGGAAUUAAUCCUCAAGUUUUCAAUGUUAUUAAACGAGAGGUCAGCAAAUGGCCUAAAGCCAAACGAAUGUGCACGAUUAUAUUUGAUGAGAUGAAAUUGGAAGCUGGAGUCCAUUAUUCCAGAAAACAAGACAAAAUCGAUGGGUUUGUGGAGUUAUCCGAGAAGACCAAUAAAUUGGCCGAUCACGCGUUAGCUUUUAUAAUAAAAGGCGCGGUUUAUAAAUGGCAGCAACCGAUGGCCUUUUACUUCUCGAAAGGUGCCGCGUCGUGGCCGCAGAUGAAGGUCAUCAUUAAAGAAAUAGGGGCGGCCGUGGUCGACGCGGGGCUCCAACCUAGCUUUGGUCAGCGAUCAGGGCUCCUCAUUUCAAACCGCCUUUAAAAAGCUACAAGAGGACACUAGGCGUUCUCAGAUCUUAGCAGGCGA